AUGAAUGCCCCAAUACCGAAAACGACCGUCCCUGCCUAUGAACGCUCCGAGUCCGACUUGCGCUUCAUGGCUGACCAACAACGCCGCAAAACCAACACUUUCUGGGGGAAAGCCGGCCAAUUCCUUCGUGCACUUCUCGGCAGACCCAAUGAGUUUGAAGAUUUUGUCGUAGGCUCUGAACGCAACGAUUGCGCCUUUGUGGCAAAGUACUCUCAGGUAACCACAAUUAAAACCUCUAGAAUCAGAGACAUGUCUGUGCAAUCUGUCACACUUCAUACAAUGCAUGCUCCUCAUCCACUCAUUAACUUUGCAAAAGAAGAGCCGUUAUCCGAUGAAAUUGUGGCUCAGAUUAGAGAACUGCCUGUUUUGGUAUUCAUCCAUGGAUUGGGUGGCCAAAUGUCGCAGUUCGAGCCUCUUAUGGGUUUACUCUCGCAAUGCCUGGAGAUUUAUAGCAUGGAUUUACCUGGAUUUGGUGAUUCUCGUAUGGAAUUUAAGAACGGACAUGAUCGUCUCACAAAGGAAGAACAGGCUAAAAUUUCCACUUCGAUACUGGCGAUGGCUUGGCUGGACUUCGAAACAGACAACAUUGUACUGCUCAUUGCUGCAUUUAUCGAACAGAACGUUCCACUGGAGAAGAAUUUUGUUCUUGUGGGACACUCUAUGGGAACACAUCUCCUGAUCAAAUUGGCAAAUAGACUAAAGCGACACAGGGUUGAAGGUUUGGUUCUUCUCUCGCCGCCUCGAUUAAACAAUUCGCUGACUAAUACUGAAAAUCGGCCAGGCUUGUCGCUCUUCAAAACUCUUAACCUAAUGCGCUGGAUCUUCAAUUUCCCAUUUCUUUUCAACUUAUUUCGCACUUGGGAUAGACUUGAGGGCCUUUACAGUCGAAGCGUGAGUAGACAACUUCCUGCAGAUUCAAGUCUCCACAUGAAGCUUAGACAGUUCCGGUGGAAUCUUGACAUCGAUACCCGUGUACUCUUGCGUUACAUUCGUGGCUUCAAGCAUGCAAAAACCACGGAGUUGCUUGAUGCCCUCACUAAAUUUAAUGACAAUGUGAUUGACUCCCAUACAUACGAGAAAAUCCUUCUCAUUGGCGGGUUGGAAGAUCAGGUGACGCCAAUUUCCAUCGUUGAGGAAAUUCAUGAUUUUCUCAUCAAUUCAACAAAAAGACAAGUUGUAAACAUGAUGCAAGUGAAGAAUGCUGGUCAUUCACUUCUCCUUGCCAAACCAGAAUUCAUUAGUGGUAUGAUUCUUAACCACAUGGAGCUGAAACUCCCUAAGCGUCUUCACCUAUGCCCUGCGUGGGUGCUUGGGCUCAAAGCCCAUAUUUCUGGCGAUAAAUGGGGUUUGAAAAAUGAGCUCAAAUGGAAGAAAACCCAGGCUGUUUCGUACAAUAUUACUCGUAGAGGCGGCACCGAUAUUGCUCCCCUUCUUGGUUUAAAAACACUCCGAGAGGAAGAUCCAGAACACUCCCCUCAAAUCAUUGAGAAAAAGUUUUAUGGAGGCUCUGAAGCGAUGGUGGACGGACAUUUGGUCAAAGGUUCCCUAAUUGCAAUCGUCGAUAUCUCGGCGGAUAUACCGCCAUACCUGGCAAAGUCGUUCGAGCACAUUCAAUACUAUAAGUGUGCCACCGUCUCGAAAGUUGUCCCUGAUGGAUGCGCCAUUAGAAGAUUUAUACAAUUGAUUGACGAUAUCUUGAGCUCAACCGAGGAAAAGAAGCCCCUAGUUGCAGUCCACUGCCACUACGGUUUCAACCGCACAGGCUUUCUCAUUUGCUGCUAUCUAGUUGAGCGUCUUGGUUGGACAGUUGCAGAGGCCGUGGACGGAUUUAAAGCAGCCAAGGCGCCAGGAAUCAAACACCAACAUUUCAUUGACGCACUUUUCGUCCGCUACGAGUAA